AAUGUCACCCUGAAGGUAAAAUGAAAGACGAGGCAGGAGGGAGGCUGCACGAGACUGAUAACGACACAGCGAGGCAGCGAGUGGCCCCCCAGCUCCCCCCACAGCCCUGGCACCUUCCCACUGACUGAGCAGCUCAGAGCGGCCCGGCGCUACCAAAACUCGAGCAGGGAGGUGCCAUCUGCAGCAGCGGGGGCUCCGGGUCUCUUCUCCUCACCGGGUCCCUCACAUCCCACGGGAAGCCGCGCUACAUCCCUGGGCUCCUCGCCCCGCCAGUCACAACCUUCCCCGAGCCGGAGAGCCCCGUGCCCCUGCCAAGUGCCAACCAACGAGGAGACAUCAUCCCCCCCCCCCCUGACAGAGGUCGCGGGAGCCGGCGGGAGGGGAGCGAGUGGCUGUUGUGUGUGACUUCCCCGCCGCUGCCUCUUGUCUCACUGGGACUCCAGCCUGUGACUCCGCGCUCCUGCCUGCAGCCUCCACCAGGCCUCACAGAACAGAAGAAUUUCUAUGAAACCAAAGAUUUUAACUACCUGAAACCAAAGCUGUCUUCAGAUCUUCCAGCCAUCACAUACCGAUCACUAUAUACCUCACCAAAGUAACACCUCCAGCGAGCUUUGAAGGCUCAUUUGUGCAACGCAAUAAGAACAUCAACUCUGGAAAAGACCUUUAGACAUCACAUAUGAGAACGGUACUUCAAGUUAGAGGCAGUCAUUUUGUUGGGUCUACAAAUCAAGACUGUCCUGUCUAAAUACAGAAAACUGGAAGGCUUCUCUGCAGAAUGUCAAGCAAAGACCGACACAUUGACUCUAGCUGUUCGUCAUACAUCAAGACGGAACCCUCAAGCCCAGCCUCCUUGACGGACAGUAUCAACCACCACAGCCCGGGAGGCUCUUCUGACGCCAGUGGGAGCUACAGUUCCACUAUGAAUGGACAUCAGAAUGGACUAGAUUCACCACCUUUGUACCCAUCCGCCGCAGGUCUAGGUGGCAAUGGACCUGUCAGGAAAAGAUAUGAUGACUGCUCCAGUACCAUUGCCGAAGAGUCACAAACCAAGUGUGAAUAUAUGCUAAAUGCAAUGCCCAAAAGACUGUGUCUGGUGUGCGGUGACAUAGCAUCAGGUUACCACUAUGGUGUGGCUUCAUGUGAGGCCUGCAAGGCCUUUUUCAAAAGGACAAUUCAAGGUAACAUAGAGUACAGCUGCCCUGCAACAAAUGAAUGUGAAAUAACAAAGCGCAGACGUAAGUCGUGUCAAGCCUGCCGGUUCAUGAAGUGUUUGAAAGUUGGGAUGCUGAAAGAAGGAGUUCGUCUUGACAGAGUACGUGGAGGUCGACAAAAGUACAAGCGCAGGAUAGAUGCAGAGAAUAGUCCAUACCUCAAUCCUCAGCUUGUCCAACCAGCCAAAAAGCCAUAUAACAAGAUUGUCUCCCAUUUGCUGGUGGCUGAACCAGAGAAGAUCUAUGCCAUGCCAGACCCUACAGUUCCUGACAGUGACAUCAAAGCCCUUACUACACUUUGCGACCUGGCUGACCGAGAAUUGGUUGUAAUCAUUGGGUGGGCCAAACAUAUUCCAGGAUUCUCUACCUUGUCACUUGCCGAUCAGAUGAGUCUUCUGCAGAGUGCAUGGAUGGAGAUCCUGAUUCUUGGAAUUGUUAACCGGUCGCUCUCCUUUGAAGAUGAACUAGUCUACGCUGAAGACUACAUAAUGGACGAAGACCAAUCAAAGUUGGCUGGGCUGCUGGAACUGAACAAUGCCAUCUUGCAGCUUGUGAAAAAAUAUAAGAGCAUGAAGCUGGAGAAGGAAGAAUUUGUAAUCCUAAAAGCUAUAGCUCUUGCUAAUUCAGAUUCCAUGCACAUAGAAGAUAUAGAAGCUGUCCAGAAGCUUCAAGAUGUCUUACAUGAGGCUCUGCAGGAUUAUGAAGCUGGACAGCAUAUUGAAGACCCUCGUCGGGCUGGCAAGCUAUUGAUGACUUUGCCUCUUCUUCGGCAAACAUCUACCAAGGCCAUCCAACAUUUCUACAACAUUAAACUAGAAGGGAAAGUUCCUAUGCACAAACUUUUUUUGGAAAUGCUAGAGGCCAAGGUCUGACUAAAAGCAUCAUUGGUGUCCCCAGGGUGCUGAUUGGUAGAAUAAGGGAAAAGUUAAAAAAGUUCUGGCAAAUAAACUUAGAACUGAACACAAAGCAAUUGACUGCACUGAUAUUAGCAGCAAGACUUAAGCAGCUUUCAACUUUUUGUCUGUAUCCUGAAGAUACAGGUAUUUCCUCUUCCUUUUUUGCUGCUGAAAUAAAAAAAAAAUAAUAAUAAUAAAGUCUUUAACUGCAAGAGAUGGAAGCCAGCCCUGCCAAAGGACAGAAAUCCAUAGAAAGGAAACCACUGAAUUUAAUAUGGACCAUAAAGUCCUCGACAAAAAUGAAGGAAUCAACAAGAGAAACAUCAUAUCUUGAAUAUAGUUCAAACACAUUGACUGAAUGAGGUGUUAAGAAUUCAUGGGAGUAGCCUCUAAUAUAGAGGAGGCUAUCCUCCAUCUUUACAGCUGCUGUUGAACUCCAACAUGAAACAUUCUCAUCCAGACAGCUGGACUAAGGUUAUAGGAGUUGUCGGUCAUAAAAAGUGUCGUACGUCAACUGUCCAUGGACUCCUGACCGGCAUCUCUUUGGCUGCUUCUUACCAUUUCAUUUACGAUUUAGAAUACUUUACGGCAUUUGAUUUGUUAAUUGUUUUUUCAAGUCUUCCAGAAAUUUCUUGGUUAUGUACUAUGGUAACUUUUUUCAGGGAAUAAUUUGAGCUUUGGUCAUUUACGGAAUACUAAUUAAAAACUGAAUUCUAAUGCUGGCUUGAGCAUCAAUGAACAAUAAUUAAAGGUGGAUACAUCCUUGAGGGGUUUUUUUAUUUUAUUGUUUCCCUUAUUCUUAUAAAUUGAGAUUAUUUUGUAUCAGCUUUACCAUGUUUCAGCCAUUUAAUAUAAUGUUGGUAUUUAACUGAUUCAAGCAAUAGUCAAAGGAGAGGUGCAUAUUACCACGGAUGCAAUUUAUGUUGUGUGCCAGUCUAGUCCCUAAUAUUCAGUUUCUUCAACUGUAUAAAAAAAAAAACGGAUAUAUCUUUAUGUUCAGAAAUAUUAGAUUACUCCUGCAAUGCAAAUAUGUAGUCUAGUGCACUUAGCCCUUACAAUAAAUGGGGUCUUAGCACUCUUUUCCAGAAGAAACUGAAUUUUCUCUAUCACCCCGCCAUUACCUAAGCGAGAAUCAAAUGCGCAAAACCAUGUUGCAGGCAAUAAGGCAAAGGCCAGCAAUAAAAAUGUAAUAAUAUUUCUGAUGUUUAGACCAUCAAAAAAGGAAAAUAAUAACUGUUAGAACAGUUCUUUCUCAACUGUCAUUUUUUAACAAAUAGCUCUAGCAGUCAAUGUGAUUUUCUGUCAGUUUCGUUGGAGAAUGAUAGGAGUUUGAGUAUACAAGGUCAACUCUUUCAUUCCAAAAAUGUUACUGGCAUAAAAAAAGGUAUAAUCUAAUGUCUAUGCCACUAAAUUGCUGGCAUAAAGGGGUAAAAAGGAGUGUAAUCUAAUGUAUUUUAAAAAUAUGUUCUGGUUCCUAAAAGCCACAGUCAAUACUUAACAGUUACAUUAGUACUAUGCUAACAUACAAGUGUUAAUAGCUGCUCCCUGCCCUGUAUUAUGUGAAUGCCCCUUAUUAUAUAUACAAAUGUCAUUAAAACUGUAAUCCUAACAGACUAAAACAUUGUAGUUCAGCUUUUCAAUGUUUCAUGGUUGCUGUGUAUUUUCCUUGACUUGAUUAUGCCAAUAUUUCUUUCCUUCUUCCUCUUUUUCUUUGCAGCCAUCAUGCUCUUUGUGUGGCAUUUUCAUACUUGUGGUGUGUGCUUUUAGACACAGGGUAGAAUUAGAAAAAAUACCACAUUUUAAAAAAUAUCUAAGCAGCCGAAAUUUAUGGUUCUUUCCAUUGGACAGAAAAUCCCAAGAAAUAAAUCACACCGAAAAUGUAGAAUGUUUUCAAAAACCGAACUAUAAAAAACAAAAACGUUUUUGACCCAAAAUGGUUCUUAAGAGGACACAAAUGUAUAUCUUAUAUAAAAACAAAACUACUUAGAUAAGCCUAAUUUUAAAAAAUGCUGUAAAUAUAGCUUUUAUGGAACCAUCUCAAAUGUUAUUAACUAUCUCUGUGUUGUUGCAAUUUUUUUCUUUCUUUUUGUGCGUACAGGUUCCCAAAAAAAAAAAAAACAAACAAAAAAAAAAAUAUUGCUACUCUGUGUGCUAUAAAGAAUAUACAACCGGCUGGUGGGCUGUCAGUCGUGUUCUAUAAAUACUGUGUAUCUAUCAUUAGCUAUAUAAAGACUAUAUUGUAGAUUGUGGUUUCUCAGUAGAGAAGUAACUGUAGUGUGGUUCUAGAUAAAUCAUCAUUAGCAAUUCAUUCAGAUGGGGAAUACCUUGAAAUUAAUAGUGCGGAUAGGUGUUCAUAGAUUGCCACAUCCCUUUUUCAGAAGACAAAUUUUACAACUCCUGGAAUAAAAGGUGCUGACUGAAUUAGGAUAUUUAUUUAUGUAAGCAUAUAAUAUAUACCAUAUAUAUUGUUUUCCAGAGAGCUUGGCAAGUUGGACAUUGAUUCAAUUAUACUAUAUGCCUACAUUCUGUACAGCUUUCCAAUAUACACAUUUUCACUGUAAUCUGUGUGUCUUUACUAGGUUAUAUUUGUACAGCUCAUCAUAGGAAAAGCGUUGGAACAUUAACCAAACUAAAACUGAAGUUAAAAUUUGAAUAACUGUAUGAAUAAGAAUUCAAAGACAGCACUAAUAGAUCGUGUUAAACCUUGCUUGAUUAUUAUUUUUAUUUUAUUUUUUUGAGGGGUGAAAUUAUACUCGGCAUGGGUUAUAGUUAAUGGUGUAUGAUUGAGAAUGAAAUGCUACUAUUUAUAAUUUGCUUCGUUUUUAAAAUAUUUUAUUUUUCUUUAAUUUAAGGCAAUUUGAUUGUGUGUCUCUAGGGAGCCACAACUGUGUCUCACACAGAUCAGAUGGUGUAUUUAUUCCAGUAUUUUGCAUUUAAAUUAUAUCAAAAAAAGAUAUAAAAAAUUUAAAUCUGCUAUUUUUCUUAUUGAAAGAGGAAAUGGGUGAUGGUGAUUGUAUUUUAAUUAUUUAAGCUUCUCUGUUUACCUGCCUCAAAAAAAAAAAACAUCUUAUAUCGGUCUUAUAGGCAAAGGACAUUUUUAAAAAAUGAAUUAAUAAAUAUGAUUAAUGAACAUGAUUAUUAUGAUCCAGGAGUUGCAACAUAGCCAGUAAUUAAAAAUUAGAAAACAAAUAAUUAAAAAAAAAAAUGAAAUAAAAAUAAGAUAAAAGAAAAAAAGAGGAAACCAUGUCUAUAGUUGUAGAUGUGCUUCACAUCUGUAAAGCAAUCAACUGUAUAUUUUUGUGAUGUGUACCAUACCAUGUGCUCCAAAAAAAUGUCCAUUUGUGUAAAUGUAUUUAUUUUAUAUUGUAUAUAUUGUUAAAUGCAAAAAGGAGACAUGAUUCUGUAACUUCAAUCGGUUCAGAUGUGUAAGUCAAAUAAUUAUGCCUUUCAGGAUGAUGGUAGAGCAAUAUUAAACAAGCUUCCACUUUUGGAUUGGU